UCGUUUAGCAGGUGUCAACUUUCACUUUCCUUUGCGUAGAAACUAAAAGAAAAGCCUCUCUUCUCUCUGUGGGGAGACAGUCUUUAUAAACAUGGACAGCUCGGAGCCGACUCGAACCUGCAAACAAUGCCAAAGGGAGGUGGCGGAGGCCAACUUCGCCCUGCACGAGACACACUGCAGCCGCUUCCUGUGUGUGUGUCCAGACUGUGGAGACAAUGUACCCCGAGAUCAGCUGACCGAGCACAGAGAGGAGCAACACAGCCUGGUGCGAUGCUCUAAGUGUAGUCAGAAGAUGGAGCGCUGCCGCCUGGAGGAUCACGAGUUGGAGGAGUGUGUGGAGCGUCUGCAGAGCUGUGAGUUCUGUGAGCUGCAGCUGCCGUUCAAAGACCUGGCCGACCACGUCGCGUUCUGCGGGAGUCGAACCGAGCGCUGCCAGGACUGCGGGCGCUACGUCAAGCUGAGCGAGCAGAGCCAGCACCAUCUGACCUGCUCGGCCUCCGACGACGACCCCUCGCUCACCUCCGCCACACAGACACAAACGGCAACCUGUGUGUCAUGUAAGGGAUCGUUUCCAGUCGAGGAAAUAGACGAACAUGAGCUGGACUGUGUGGCAGCGAGCAGGGGGGAGUGUGAGUUGGAGGAGGAGGAGGACGAGGAGGAUGACUGGGGGCACCCCUGGGGGGCGGCGGCGGCGGCUAUAAGCAGCACCUACCAGAGAAUGUCCAUGUCUGGCGGAGCUGGCAGCGGCUUCCAGGACGAAGACGACGUGAACCAGAUCGGGAGCUGUCCACACUGUGGUCUGGCCCUGCCCCUCCUCACGCUGCGCUGGCACCAGAAAAAAUGUCAAAUCCAUGGCCAGCUGAAGUGAUGGAGGAUCCAGAUGCUCAGAGAAGCUUUUAAAAACACUGGAGGCCUUCAGAUGGUGAAAUGAAUGCUUAUUUUAGUGUGUUGUUUUUCACCUGUGGUUUGACGGUUUGGAUUAGGUAGCUUGGAAAGGUCCUGAUGACUGUCAUGUUUAUCUAAUGAAGGUGCAAUUUAUGAAAAUGAUCAUUUGCAUAUCAAACCUCUAGAGGGCAGCGCACGACCUGAGAGUCUGCAUAAGUCCACUUCUACCAUAGAGUCUGGCUCCUGUAAUCACAAGUCCAGGUUAACAGAGUAGUUUGCUCCCAUUUGAUGCCUUCACUGACCUUCUCAGCCUGGAUUUUCACUUGACUGUUGACUCGAGAGCCGAGGACCUUGAGGAUUAUGAGCUGUUUGGGACAGAUUCUGGUGAAUCUCAGUUGUUGAGGGUUUUCUUUUAGUUUCUUAUCUCUAAUAAACAACGGACUCGUCAAAUCUC